AUGUUGACCAAAAUAAAAACUCAAGGUCUGGUGUCAGACUUGAUGCCUAACAUCAAGUUGAUGCAAAUGGCUGGACAUUUUCUGUUCAACUAUCAUUCUGAUAAUUCUGGCAUGUCAACUUUACUCCGUAAGGUCUACGCUAGCGUCCACGCGUUUCUCAUUGUCAUCCAUUACUUAUGCAUGGCUGCUAACAUGGCACAGUACUCUGACGAAGUGAACGAGCUAACGGCGAACACCAUAACGAUACUUUUCUUCGCUCAUUCGAUCAUCAAGCUGUUAUUCUUCGCGAUCACUUCUAAAAACUUUUACAGGACUCUCGCUGUGUGGAACCAGUCGAACAGCCAUCCCUUAUUCACGGAGUCAGAUGCUCGGUAUCAUCAGCUCGCUUUAACAAAGAUGAGGAGGCUUUUGUAUUUCAUCAGUGGCAUGACCAUCUUUUCGGUUGUAUGUUGGGUGACCAUCACUUUCUUUGGUGACUCAGUCCGUUUGAUCGUCGACAAAGAAACCAAUGGAACCUUGACAGAACCAGCUCCUCGUUUGCCUGUGAAGGCUUGGUAUCCAUUCGACGCUAUGAGUGGCACCAUGUAUAUUGCCGCUUUUGUCUUUCAGGUGUAUUGGUUAUUCUUCUCAAUGAUCAUAGCCAAUCUUAUGGAUGUGAUGUUCUGUUCGUGGCUUAUCUUCGCCUGUGAACAGCUGCAGCAUUUGAAGGCUAUAAUGAAACCUCUAAUGGAACUUAGCGCCUCGCUGGAUACCUACAGACCGAAUACUGCUGACUUGUUUAGAGUAUCAUCUACAGAUAAAAACGAAAAAGAACCUUUGGACCUAGAUAUUCGCGGUAUAUAUUCCACACAAACGGACUUUGGUAUGACGCUGCGUGGAGGUGGAAGUCGUCUUCAGACUUUCGGACAACCACCUUCUAAUAACCCCAACGGCUUGACACAGAAACAGGAGAUGCUUGCUCGUUCUGCUAUUAAGUAUUGGGUGGAGAGGCAUAAACAUGUCGUCAGGCUUGUUUCAUCGAUUGGAGAUACUUAUGGCACAGCUCUUCUUUUUCACAUGCUUGUGUCAACCAUCACACUUACGUUACUGGCGUAUCAAGCAACAAAGAGUUCUUCAGUAAUGGAAGCGGCUUACUCCUGUCAGUGGUAUGAUGGUUCGGAAGAAGCGAAGACCUUUGUCCAGAUCGUAUGCCAACAAUGCCAGAAGGCCAUGAGCAUUUCUGGUGCCAAGUUCUUCACGGUGUCCUUAGAUUUGUUUGCGUCUGUGUUGGGUGCUGUUGUAACAUAUUUCAUGGUUUUGGUGCAGUUGAAGUAA